GCAGAUUCCUCCAUAAAUUCCCUUCGUUUCUUCCUCUACUUUGACUCCUUCUCCCUCUUCUUCCUUAUCAAAGACAAAAGAAUAGCUGACCGAUAUUUUCCGCUCCACUCUCCUCUUCAUUAGAUUAUCCUCUUCUAAUGGCCAGAGAUUUGUUAGGAAGGACAGCAAAAGAUAGAGAGGAACAGAAACAAGUCAACAUAGCAGCGUUGCAUUUCUGCCAGGAGGAAAGAGAUAAGCUCCAGCACUGCAUUAGGGGGACCUGGUUUGGUCAGUGUUCAAAGGAGCAUAAGGAGUUUUGGGAUUGUUUGACAAGGGUCAAAAACACUUGGUCUGAUCUCAAUCAGCCUGAGCCAACAGUACCUGAGGAUCACUGGGACUCUAGCCCUAAAAUUGAUCAAGAAACCAGUCAGACCGGUUCAGGAAACCAGUAGGACAACUAGUUAUAAGCACACUCAUCACCAACAGUAACUACAGUAUAAUAAUUAGACUAUUAAAUAAUAAUUAAUAAUAUAAUGGAUUGCUGUUCCUUUUGCCCGUGUUGCCCUGAAGAAGAGGAGCCAAAGGACAAACACUCGUCAGUAAAGUAUCAAAAAGCAUCAGAAAUGAACAUUGACGUUGUAUUGCCGCAAUACGAGAAGGUUCCGUUAGAUAAAGUAUUUGAGUAUAAGCAGCCGAGAGUUCCCAUGCCAGUCCAUCCCCAAAUAUCAGGAUAUUCAGCCAUUACUGAGCAACCCUCACCAUCAGUCACUGUCACUGCUCCUUCUCCUUCUGGUCAAGCUAAAAUAAUAGGAAGUGAUAAAGACGGGAAGCAUCUUGACUCAAAACCACUCCUCCAUUUCUCUCUUUAUUACGAUAUUCAGCGAAGAACCCUCACGGUUCACCUAAUGGAGGGAACCAACCUUCCUGCUAAAGACAGGAGAGGUACUUCUGAUCCUUUUGUGAUCCUCUUCCUAUUACCAAAUAAGGAAGAGAUAUUUGAGUCAAAGGUCCACAAGAGGACCCUUGACCCGAUAUUCAAUGAGGUUUUUGAGUUCUCUGGUCUCCUUCCUAAUGAGAUCCGUCGUCAGACCCUCGUGCUAAGAGUCCUUGAUAAGGACCUUGCCUCCAGUGAGGACAUGGGCACUGUGGUACUCCAGCUGGAAGAGGCUGACCUUUAUGGGGUGAGGGUAUCAGCUCCAUUAGCUGAAGUACCCACUGGACUAAUGCAGAAUGAUUCACAAGGAGAUGUCCUCAUAUCAUUGAUGUACAAUCCUUCAUCUAACAUUAUAUCUGGAGUACUACUGAAAGCAACUAACCUACAGAGAAUGGACAUAUCAGGAUCCUCUGAUCCUUAUGUCAAGAUAUAUCUGCUUCACAAAGGGACCAGGCAGGCCAAAUGGAAGUCAACUAUAAAGAAGAAGACACUAGUCCCUAUUUAUAACGAACAGUUCCAAUUUGAUGUGACAGACAUGAACAUCAGCUUCAUACUACUUGAGGUCUCAGUCAUGGAUUAUGAUCGUCUGGGCCGUAACGACCUCAUGGGGUUCUUUACAUUAGGAGAAGGAGCUAACCAUCCCUCGGGUAGACAGCACUGGCAGGAGAUGGUCUCUCACCCUAGGAACCCGAUCAGUCGCUGGCACGCACUAGGGGCUAAGAAUACCAACUCUUUGAGGAGAGGAUCCUCUGGAAUAACUGGUUCAAAAUCAUCAGGAUCAUUAUCCUCAUCGUAAGAGAAACGGACAGAAAAACAGAUCAUCAUUAUCAUCAUCAUUAUUGUAUUUAUGUAUUAUUAUUAUUAUUAAUCUUACUAUUACUGUUGUUGUUGUUGUUGUUGUUGUUGUUACGGUAAAUGGUUAUUUUGUGUUUACGUGUAAUAUUUUAAAGUAUUUCUAUGAUCCUCUCUUGUUUGAUCGUCCUGGUGAUGUUUUUGUUUUUGUUUUUUUAUUUUAAAAAAUGUAAUUAUUGUUUGAUUAAAUCAACGGUAAUUGUGAAAGCAGUUAAAA